UACGAAUGGAAAGUGAGAGAAUGGGCCAGAAACUAAAAAAAGGAAACAACAAAAAAACAAAAGAAUAAAAAAAAGGAAAAAGAAAAAGAUGGAAAAAUGAUGAAUCUAUCCACAGUAAUUGCGUAUGGAUGCCGCUAUUGUGCGCCACAAUUAAAGCAACUUUUAAACUACACCACCUUCCUUUGUCUUCCUCACCAUCUCCAUCUUCAACGACGCUCUCCUUCUUUUACAUUCUAUUCUUCCUUUAACAAUCUUAAGCUCCCUAACUUCAAUCUUCUUCUCACGGGUAACUCUCUCUUCUUCAGGAUGGAGCGCUUCCGGACUGGAAGUGGGAUCAAUAAGAACAAGCAAAUGGUGGAGCAUUUGCAGCGUUAUGGAGUGAUUUCAUCCAAGAAGGUUGCUGAAGUAAUGGAGACUAUUGAUAGGGCAUUAUUUGUACCAGAUGGGACCCUGGCUUAUGUUGAUAGUCCCAUGGCAAUAGGUUACAAUGCCACCAUUUCUGCACCUCAUAUGCAUGCUAUGUGCCUUCAAUUAUUGGAGGAAAAUUUGCAGCCUGGCAUGCACGCUUUAGAUGUUGGCUCAGGAACUGGUUACUUGACUGCUUGCUUUGCAAUAAUGGUUGGACCACGGGGUCGUGCUAUUGGUGUGGAACAUAUUCCUGAAUUGGUUGCUUCUUCCAUAAAAAAUAUUGAAAAAAGUGCUGCAGCUCCAUUAUUGAAAGAAGGUUCCCUUUCAGUGCAUGCCGGCGAUGGAAGACAAGGUUGGCCAGAUUGUGCACCCUGUGAUGCUAUACAUGUUGGGGCAGCAGCAGCGGAAAUACCUCAGCCCCUGCUUGAUCAAUUGAAGCCAGGUGGUAGAAUGGUGAUUCCUGUAGGAGAUAUAUUCCAAGAUUUGAAAGUGGUGGACAAAAAUUUGGAUGGUUCAAUUAGCAUUCGAAAUGAAACUUCUGUCCGGUAUGUUCCCCUGACCAGUCGUGAUGCUCAGCUGAGGGGUUAUUGAGUUUGGGAACGUCUCUCUUGGUUCAAAGGGUUGGCUUUUCUUGUAAAUAUUUCAUUUUCCAGACUUAAUUCUCUGUAGAGAUGGUUCUCUUUUUCUAUGUUUGGACUUGAAAGGAAUGAAACAUUCAAAGCAGGUUACUUUAAA